GCCAGCGGCGUCUGCGGCGGCGGGGGCGCAUGCCGCGGCACCGGGGUGACGAGCCUGGCGGACGUCUACAUACCGAUGCCGUUCCCUGUGCUGGACGACGCCACGCUGCAGCUGGAGAGACUGGUGGAGGACACGCACCGGGCGCUGCUGCGGGACGGGCUAAUCGGGCGCGCGGACGGGCCCGCGGGCGACCCUGGGGGAGCCCUGGCCCUCCCAUCGCUGGACGCGGUGGACCGCGCCCUGGAGGAGUUGCAGAGCGGCCUCCGCGAGAUCGACGACGCGCUCGCAGGGAACUGA